AUGGUAGUGAGAUUGGAAUGGAUGCCCAAAGUGUCUGUUACUGUUUCACUACAUUCGCUAGCUUUUUCUGUUCCGAUCUUUAAUGGGACAAAUUUCUCUUGCUGGAUUGAACAGAUUCAAUUUCACCUUGGUGUUUUGGAUUUGGACUUAGCUCUGCGAAUAGAUAAACCGGUUGCUAUUACAGAAACAAGCAGAAACAAUAUUAAAUCAACACUUCCUCAACUUGAAAAUGUAAAGGAAUAUCUCAAGGCUGUGGAAAAUCGGUUUCAUUCAGCAAACAAGUCCCUUGCAGGGAGAUUAAUGGCUAAACUUACCGCCAUGAAGUUUGAUGGUAGUCGAGGAAUGAACGAACAUGUCCUUGAUAUGACUAAUCUAGCUGCCUGA